AUGUGUCAGGCUGACCAGACUGCCACUUCGGAACGCGAUGCUGGCGGUCACGAGGCCAAGUGGAAGCUCAAGGCCGCUGAAGCAAGAAUUGCGAUUGGGAUUUCUUUGUCAUCUGCUCUCUGGACGAGCAGAGAUGACUUUGUAGGGGAGGGCCUGAGGCUGACUGCCAGGCAGCAAGACUUGAUCGAUACCGUCGCCGCAAAGGUCUUGCUCUCCAAACGUGGCCAACUUGCGGUUGAUGUGCUGAAGGACACAUACUUAGAUAUUUCUCAAGGCCAUGACCGGAUGAAACACAGCCGUGCUGACGGUGUAGCUUGCACCUUCACCACCUCGACAUUGCUUUACUCCUACUCAGAAGACCGUGUCGUUCUUCCUUUGGAGAUGAUGCUCAUGCACGGCUUCCCCAGAUCCGCAAUCGCCCCCCGAAGCAUUGGGCAGCGUGCUCUCAAAGAUAUGGUAGGCAAUGGAAUGAGCCUCCCUUGCUUGGCCACCAUGGUUUGGGCUUUCUGGGUCAUGCGCAACCGACAGUUCGAAGCUCCGCAGCAGACACCACUCCAGAUCCUUUGCCCAAGCCGUGUUUCCAGAGUGAAGCAAAAGCAAACACCCACACCAGCCAGACUUAGAGACAGAGUUGCUCAGCAGCCAGCGAGAAAGAGGCAGCGUGUUGUCAUUGACAUCACGGAAGACUUCGAUUGA